AUGGAGAAAACUUCAAAGUUAGAAAAGCCGCCGGCUUAUGAUAGAAUAAGUGAUUUACCAGAUGAGAUAUUGUGUCACAUACUCACUUUUCUUCCAACCAAAUUCGCUUUCGCUACUAGUGUUCUUUCCAAGAGGUGGAUUUCGCUCUAUCAUUCGCUCACUUUUAUAAAAUUCGAUGACAAAUCCAUUGAAGAUCAUGACCAAUUCCUUCACUUUUGUCGCUCCGUGGAAGCAGUCACACUCUCACCGCACGUUCAACAAAAACCCAUCAAAAAGUUUUACCUUAGAUGUGGUCGUUAUGGAAAUUGGCACAUUCCACCUAUUGAUGUAUGGAUCGAAGCAAUAAAUCAGCGUGGAGUCGACUAUAUUCAUCUCUCUAUGAACCUCCAUCGCUUGAUGCCCGUGGGAGAUGAAUUGAUCAGAUUGUCCAAUGUCCUUUUCAACUCUCAAAACCUUGUGGUUCUGAAAUUGAACAAUUUGGUAUUGUCGACUAAGAUUUUGUCGGUUAAUCUUCCCUCGCUCAAAGCCCUACAUUUAAAAUCGGUUUAUUUGGAGAUCAAGGAUUUCAAAAAGCUUUUUUCUGGUUGUCCUAUUCUUAAGGAAUUGCACACAGAUCAUUUUUAUGGAAAAUGGUUAAAACUAGGGUAUGAACCCAACUUAUCCAAGUUGGUUAGAGCUUCAAUCUGCCCGUUCGAUGUUCCGUUCAAAGCAGUUUAUAAUGUUAAAUCUCUAUGCAUAUUACAGCUAGAUAGUGAUCAUUCCGUUGAUAUAAUCAAUUCCUAUUACAAAGACUUUCCGGUUUUUAAGAAAUUAAUUCAUCUUGAAAUAUGUUUUCGGCACUGUGACCAUGACUGGGAUAAUUUAGCAAAACUGCUCAAGCAUUCUCCCAAACUUCAGACUCUUUUAAUCAGAAAGAGGAGCAGUAGUUAUCUCACAUUCAGAAAGGAUUGGGAAAACCCAAAUUCGAUUCCCAAAUGUGUGUCUUCUCGUCUGAAAAGAUGUGAAAUUAGACACUACGAAGGCCGGAAUGGUGAUCUUCAAUUUGCAAGAUAUAUUUUGCAGAAUGCAAGAUUUCUACAGGUCAUGAAACUCGGAGUUAGCAGUCCCUCUUAUCGAAAGAGCAAGAUUAUAGAAGAUUUAUCCUCGUGUCCAAGAAGUUCUGAAGGAUGUAAACUUUUAUUUGCAUCUUAUGGUCAGGCUUAA